AUGCCAAAGACUUUGGUGACUACAGUGGACCAGCAGACCAUUAUGAGCUUUAAGAUCCUCCAAGGUGAAAGAACUCUAGCCAAGGACUGCCUUCAGCUUGGAAGUUGUACUUUUCGCGGCAUUCCACCGGCUCCAAGGGAUGUUGCUCAAUUGGAGGUCACGUUUGAGGUCAAUGCAGAUGGAAUACUAAGUGUAGUUAGUCUAAACAAAGCGACAAGGGAAUCUCAAACCUUGGUUUUUGACGAUUACAAAGGGAAUUUGACAAAGGAAGAAGUCGAGAAGAUGAUAAGGGUGGCAGCGGAGACGGCCGAGGAAGACAAAAAGGCGAAAGAGCGUAUUGAAGUGAGGAACCGCUUGGAGAGGUACAUGUAUGAUGUCAAGCACGCUCUAGGUCUAGGCCAUGUUAACGUCUGUUGGGAUCAACGUGACAAGACCAAUGUAGGGAUUGCAUUGAGAGAAGCUUCAGACUGA